AUGGAAAAAGAAGAAAUAUUUAAAUUUACAAGUAUCAAUUUUAAAGAUGUAAUGAGGCAGAGUUUGAUGGAAAUCCAACAAGAUGAAGAAGAGGCUCAAGAGGAAGUAAUAAAUCUCUCGAAAUCUGAAAUUGCAAAUACAUUUAUCAACUUAUACCAAGCUUGCCUCUCAAAUGAUGCAACAACAAUGAUUGAUUUGAUGCUACUACUCACAAAACACUAUUCAAACAGCAAUUGUACUGAUAUUGACUUCAUUUAUAAUAAUUUUAGAGUAAAAUUGAAGCAAAUCAUGAUAUUUUUGACUAAUACUUCUCAAGCACAAGAGUCAAAAAGCUUAUUUUUAUUUGAUCUCAUGACAAAUUUAACUUAUCAUAGCGUGAAAUUUUGUCAAUUGUUUCAAGGAGGAAAUCCAAAUGUUAGUGAUAACAUUGUAACUAUAUGGCGUAUGAAAGAUGAUUUGACCGCAUCAUCAAGCAUUAUUCCUAUGCUCUAUAAUUUAUUUUCUUAUUUUGAAGUCUUUGCAAAGCCUUUUGUAUAUCUAUAUGCACAGAGACUAGGGGAUGUUAACUAUUGGAACAAACAUCAUCAAAAGUUUUUCCAUUAUUCCUUUUUAUUAAUUUCAAUUUUUAGAAAAACACCAAUUGAUUCGUUUGAAGAUCCAAAAAGAAUAUUGUUCUAUCUAUCAGAAGCUAUUUUGAAAGAGAGUCCUGUUUCAACAAACAUUGUUUGGUGCUUUUAUUAUAUUUUUACAAAAAAUAACAUAAAGAAGUUUGAUUUUAACAUUCCAAAGAGAUUCAUCAUAUGCCUAGACUAUUUGAUACAUCAAUGCCAUGAUGUCGCAAUCACAAAUAUCUGUUUAACAAUUUUAUCAAUUUUAUCUCAAUCAGAAACAAAGAAAAUAUCUGAUUUACUUGAAAAAUUUGAUUUCAACAUCAUUAAGGAUAUGAUUGAAAGCAAUCAUCCUGAUGUUACUCCUUACGCUUUGAUAUUUUUGACAAAUUACAUAGGAAGAUCACGAAUCGUAAGUAUAGAUAUUAUUAAUUCACUUGAACUACCAGAACUUAUGGCAAACACACUUCAACAGUCUACUUUUCAAUCAAAAACAGAAAUUGCAUUUUUAUUUGCAAAAAUUUGCUAUUUGAACUCAUCAAAGAUCAUUGAAAGAGUAUUUAUAGAUGAUAUAGUUGAUAAUUACUUAGAAAUUCUUUGUAUAACUGAAGAUGAAAAAGAUUUUCGUUUUCUUAUUGAUAUUUUUGAAUCACAAAAGAUGAAUUCCGACUUUGUCAAUAACGCUCUACUAGAACACGAUAUAGUUGACAGAUUGGAAUCAAUUUUGGAAGAUCCAGAAAAAUUAACGCCAAGAAUUGAAAUAAGCGUCAAGCAUCUACUUUCUCGUUUUGUAAGCGAGGAAGAAGAUGUAUUUUAA